AUGGCUAGACCACAGCAGAACGCAAACAGACGCAAAAGGUCUCGAAAAGAUAUGGAAUAUGAUGGGUCAACGACCUCGAAUAGUUACUCCAACCCAAGUGGUUCAUCAAAUCAAUUUUCAAAUCAUGCGACUCAAGUCAAUACUGAUAUAGCGCGGAUAUCCAAUGACAAAAUACAGCACGAUGAAGUAGAAGAUGAUGAUGAUGAUGAACCAGAAGAAGAAGAAGAGGGACAGGAUGUGAAACGUAAUCCCCGUUCACAAUGUUUACCGAUAGGGAUGUUACCAGCAGAUUUCGAUGGAACACCUGUUGAUGGAUCACAAUAUCUAGCUAUGGUAGAUAGGGAUAAUAGGGAUUUACCUUCUUACAAAAGUGUCACCAAUCCGUAUAGUCAGAUAGCUUUAUCAUCCUCCGCAAGUCAGAUAACCAAUCCUUCAAGCUCAGCAGUCAGAGCUGAUGCGAAUGGUGAAAGCUCAAAACAAAAACAUCCUGCUUUGCCAAAGGAUAGUUGGGAAUCCGUAUUUCCCACUCAUUUCCAAGGCUACAGAAAACACGUCCAAGAACAGAUUUCAACCUCUGAACAAUUAUCUUAUCCAGCACAUUAUCCCCCGAUCCCGCUAGCAGGACGAAGACCAGAUUGGUAUGCUUUCGUGAAUGGUUAUUUGCCACCUAGUAAUUCGAAUACAAAGGGAAAAGCAAAAGCAAAAGCAAAAGCAAAAGCAAAACACGUAUUGACCGAGGAGGAAAUGAUGAAUGCUAGCAUCCCUCAACAGAUUGAGGGAGAAGGCGAAGAAGAGGAUAUGGAAUUAGAUGAGGAAUCAGAAGAAGAAGUGGAAGAGAAGAUUAUAGUGGGCAAAACCAGUAAUGGAAAUCAGAAAAGGAUAGGACCUGUAAGGGAACCGUUAUUCAGUAUAUUGCAAAGGCUUAAUUCGCCACAAGCAAUACGUGUAUUGUCGCAUUUUGCUCAUUGGAUAUCUGAAUCCAUUAACCAACUCCCUCCUCCUUAUCCUUCAUCACCAGAACUCCUUCCUACUCAACCAGACUAUUCACCUUCCUCACCAGUCAAACCUAAAGAACCAACAAGAGUACAUUGUCCGAUAUCAUCGAAUUACUUUAAUUGGAUAUUCAGUCUUUUGUUGAUAGUUGAUCAACAAUUGUCUUCAAACGAAAUAUCGAUAUUGAGAGAAUUGGCAAGAGCUGCAAUGAGAGUUGCUGGACAUAGAUGGAUAAUGGGUGUAGUGGCUAAAGAUAUAAGUGAAAAUUGGAUCUUAGGUGAUCAAUGGAAAAAUGACAUAGAAACAAAUACGAAUACUACAAAUGAAGUUGAAAUUGAAGUGGAUCAGAUUGGACCCAAGAUACCAUUGGCAGAAGGGAAGGACAAGUCAAAGAAAGAUAUUGGAGAUAAUGGAGUUGAUCAGAUUUUGGCUAGAAGUUGGAUGAUAGUCCAUGCCGUUUCAGCUGGAUGGGUUCAAAAAGAUCUUUUGAUUGAAUUGGAAACUUUGUUCACUUAG